AUUCCACCCCUCCCCCCAGUAUCUCAGUGCCUCCUGUGGGCCCUCCUCCCCUCCUUAUCCAUUGCCCCUCAGGUCUCCCAGGCCCCCUGCAGGCCCUCGUGCCCUCCUUAGUCCCCCCCCCCCCCCCGUCUCCCAGCGCCCCCUGCGGGGCCCUCCUCCCUUCCUCAUCCACUUCAACCCCAAGGUAUUUCCGUGCGCCUGCAGGACCCUCCUCCCCUCCUUAGGCGCCCCCCCCCACCAACCCGGUCUUCCAGUGCCCCCUGCAGGCUCUCCUCCCCUCCUUAUCCACCCCCACCCCAGGUCUCCCAGUGCCCUGUAUGGGACCCUCCUCCCCUCCUCAUCCACCCCCCCAGGUCCACCAGUGCCGCCUGCGGGGUCCUCCUCAUCCGUGCUCCCCCUCCCCCUCCCUACUCCCCUUCCCCCCUGCCCCCACAGUACAUCACCCCUCCCCCAACCCUGCCUGGCUCCGCCCCCUUCACGCCCCCUCUUUUCCGCUCCGCGCCUGCGCACUGCCACCCUCCACUCUCGCGCCAGCCCUGCGGCGGCUGGCUGUGGGCUGCAGCACGCGGUGCACGAGGCAGAGCCCACAAGCGAAAGACGGAGUGGGCCGGGCAUUCCGGCCCCGCCUUCCGCGGCCAAGUCAUUAUGGCAGCCACUGAGAUCUCUGUCCUUUCUGAGCAAUUCACCAAAAUCAAAGAACUCGAGUUGAUGCCGGAAAAAGGCCUGAAGGAGGAGGAAAAAGACGGAGUGUGCAGAGAGAAAGACCAUCGGAGCCCUAGUGAGUUGGAGGCCGAGCGUACCUCUGGGGCCUUCCAGGACAGCGUCCUGGAGGAAGAAGUGGAGCUGGUGCUGGCCCCCUCGGAGGAGAGCGAGAAACACAUCCUGACCCUGCAGACGGUGCACUUCACUUCUGAAGCUGUGGAGUUGCAGGAUAUGAGCUUGCUGAGCAUACAGCAGCAAGAAGGGGUGCAGGUGGUGGUGCAGCAGCCUGGCCCUGGGUUGCUGUGGCUUGAGGAAGGGCCCCGGCAGAGCCUGCAGCAGUAUGCGGCCAUUGGUAUCCAGCAAGAGCUGUACUCCCUGCAAGAGAUAGAGGUGUUACAGUUCCACGCUCUAGAGGAGAAUGUGAUGGUGGCCAGUGAAGACAGUAAGUUAGCGGUGAGCCUGGCUGAAACUGCUGGACUGAUCAAGCUCGAGGAAGGGCAGGAGAAGAACCAGUUAUUGGCUGAAAGAACAAAGGAGCAGCUCUUUUUUGUGGAAACAAUGUCAGGAGAUGAAAGAAGUGACGAAAUUGUUCUCACAGUUUCAAAUUCAAAUGUGGAAGAACAAGAGGAUCAACCUACAGCUGGUCAAGCAGAUGCUGAAAAGGCCAGAUCUACAAAAAAUCAAAGAAAGACAAAGGGAGCAAAACAAACCUUCCACUGUGAUGUCUGCAUGUUCACCUCUUCUAGAAUGUCGAGUUUUAAUCGUCAUAUGAAAACUCACACCAAUGAGAAGCCUCACCUGUGUCACCUCUGCCUGAAAACCUUCCGUACGGUCACUCUGCUGCGGAACCAUGUUAACACCCACACAGGAACCAGGCCCUACAAGUGUAACGACUGCAACAUGGCAUUUGUCACCAGUGGAGAACUCGUCCGACACACGCGCUAUAAACAUACUCAUGAGAAACCCUUUAAAUGUUCCAUGUGCAAGUAUGCCAGUGUGGAGGCAAGUAAAUUGAAGCGCCAUGUCCGAUCCCACACUGGGGAGCGCCCCUUUCAGUGUUGCCAGUGCAGCUAUGCCAGCAGAGACACCUACAAGCUGAAACGCCACAUGAGAACGCACUCAGGUGUGCAUAUGCGCAACUUGCAUGCUUACAGCGCUGCAGAGCUGAAAUGCCGCUACUGUCCUGCUGUCUUCCAUGAACGCUAUGCCCUCAUUCAGCACCAGAAAACUCAUAAAAAUGAGAAGAGGUUCAAGUGCAAACACUGCAGUUAUGCCUGCAAGCAGGAACGUCAUAUGACCGCUCACAUUCGUACCCACACUGGAGAGAAACCAUUCACCUGCCUUUCUUGCAAUAAAUGUUUCCGACAGAAGCAACUUCUAAACGCUCACUUCAGGAAAUACCACGAUGCAAAUUUCGUCCCGACUGUUUACAAAUGCUCCAAGUGUGGCAAAGGCUUUUCCCGCUGGAUUAACCUGCACAGACAUUCGGAGAAGUGUGGAUCAGGGGAAGCAAAGUCGGCUGCUUCAGGAAAAGGAAGAAGAACAAGAAAGAGGAAGCAGACCAUCCUGAAGGAAGCCACAAAGGGUCAGAAGGAAGCUGCGAAGGGAUGGAAGGAAGCCGCGAAUGGAGACGAAGCUGCUGCUGAGGAGGCUUCCACCACGAAGGGAGAACAGUUCCCAGGAGAGAUGUUUCCUGUCGCCUGCAGAGAAACCACAGCCAGAGUCAAAGAGGAAGUGGAUGAAGGCGUGACCUGUGAAAUGCUCCUCAACAUGAUGGAUAAGUGAGAGGGAUUCGGGUUGCACGUUCACUGCCCCCAAUUCCUAAAGCAAGUUAGAAGUUUUGAGCAUUUAAGGUGUGAAAUGCUCCUCAACACGAUGGAUAAGUGAGAGAGAGUCAGGUUGCAUGUUCACUGCCCCUAAUUCCUAAAGCAAGUUAGAAAUUUUUAGCAUUUUCUUUGAAACAAUUAAGUUCAUGACAAUGGAUGACACAAGUUUGAGGUAGUGUCUAGAAUUGUUCUCCUGUUUGUAGCUGGAUAUUUCAAAGAAACAUUGCAGGUAUUUUAUAAAAGUUUUAAACCUUGAAUGAGAGGGUAACACCUCAAACCUAUGGAUUCAUUCACUUGAUAUUGGCAAGGUGGCCCACAAUGAGUGAGUAGUGAUUUUUGGAUAUUUCAAAAUAGUCUAGACCAGCUAGUGCUUCCACAGUCAAAGCUGGACAUUUUUAUGUUGCAUUAUAUACACCCAUGAUAUUUCUAAUAAUAUAUGGUUUUAAACAUUAAACACAAAUGUUUUUAUACAAAUGAAUUUUCUACAAAAUUUAAAGCUACCAUAAUGCUUUUAAUUAGUUCUAAAUUCAACCAAAAAAUGUUUUACUCUUAUAAAAAGGAAAACUGAGUAGGAAAUGAAAUACUAGAUUAGACUAGAAAAUAAGGAAUAAAUCGAUUUUACUUUGGUAUAGGAGCAAGGUUCACCUUUAGAUUUUUGUAUUCUCUUUUAAUUAUGCUCCUUGGCAGGUAUGAAAUUGCCCUGGUUACAUUCCAUUAUUGCUUAUUAGUAUUUCACUCCAUAACCCUUUUUUCUGCUAAAACUACUCUUUUUAUAUUUUUAAAAUAAUUGGCAGAGUGAGAAGAAACAUAAAAUCAGAUAAGGCAAAUGUGUACCUGUAAGGAAUUUGUACUUUUUCAUAAUGCCCAGUGAUUAGUGAGUAUUUCCCUUUUGCCAGUUGACAAGAUUUUUCCACCCUCGAGCAGCAUGAGAGACGCCUCUUUAACACUUGAAAUUACUUUCUAUCUGUAUACAGAGCCAGAUUUUUCUUCAUUGCUUAGUUGAGCAGUUUGUUUUGCUGCCAACCUGUCUCCACUCCUGUAUUUCAAGAUCAUUGAUAAGCCCUAAAUUCAAAUUCUUAAGAUAUGGACCUUUUAUUGAAAAUAUCACAAGUUCAGAAUCCCUAUACAAUGUGAAUAUGUAGAAAUAAUUUCCCAGCAGGAAGAGCAUUAUAUUCUCUUUGUACCAGCAAAUUAAUUCAACUCAACUCACAUGAGAUUUAAAUUCUGUGGGCUGUAGUAUGCCAUCAUUGUGACUGAAUUUGUGCAAUGGUUUCUUAAUUUUUUUACUGUUAUUUAAAGAUGUUUUACAUAAUUCAAUAAAAUGAAAUGACUUAAAAUUGCUA